AUGUCGACUAGUUCGGCAAAAGAUGAGAUCUCAUCGCCCCGUAUCUUUGCUUCUUCGGUGUUCACCAUCGAUGAAUCUAAGUUAUGUUUCAACAAAUCCCACUUCAGUCGACCAGACUUUAACGUACAACGGUUCAUGAACCUUGCGAGACAGUUAGUUGUUGACGGGAUGAAACACGGAGUAGUGUUUUUUUUUUUUAGAAAAGCGGAACUGAAACAAAUUCAACAAGAUCUCAGACUCUACCUGAAAAGCGUUCAGAAUUCUAUGAUAGAACUUAUUAAUGACGAUUACGCCGAUUUUGUUCAUUUGUCGUCGAACCUCGUCAGUCUUCAGGACACUCUCAACAAAAUCGAAAAAGAAAUCAAUGUGAGUUUUUCGUCAACUCUCUUCAAUAGAUAAGAGUUUUCAGGCAGUGUGGAACGACUUUGAGCAGACGACUCUGGAAGCUGUUGGAACUGCUGGAAAAGUGGAGAACUGUUGUGAAGAACUGACUUCAAAUCGAGAAAGGCAGUCCUACGUGAGAGACCGCAUUGCCUUUCUAUCAGCACUCGAAAAGUUAUCUACUUUGCUUCGAACUGCUCCUAAAGAGCCUAACGUUUUAUGGUUUGUUUGGGGUUUAAAAGAAAAAAAAACUUUUUUUUGAGGUUGGAAAAGGUGGCUUCCUUUGUUGUUGACGUUGCUUCAGCUCGUUCACAGAAGAUGAUCACGAACGAGCGCGAGGAAAAGUGUCACCAAUUGGUUGGUUUUCUUCUUCUUCUCUUUUAAAAUCCACUUGUUUGUAGGACAACGUAAAAAAUCAAUUGAUUUUUAUUUUAUUUUUAUUUUUUGGUAACUUCUCUUUGAGGUGCUCUCGAAACUGGAAGAUCUACUGUGCAGCGAAGGCGUCCGGAGUCUCUCUGGAAACUGUGCAACUUUGCCUUUGGUCCUGUCGAUCUUGACGUUGACGGACAGCACCCACGCCUUGACGGCCCGUCUUGUUUCCGACCUUAUCUACCCGAAAUUGGUGCGACCCAACGACGACAGCUACCAGCGACUCACCGACGUCUUCAGCAGCAUUCUGGAGGCAUCUGCCCAUUCCCAAAUCUUUGUAAUUAUCCAGUUUAGAUGCGCGCCAACUGGUCAAACACCCUUGGACACCGUUUUCAUGGUCCCGUACGCGUUUUCCUCGACCAGACGCUUCUAACAUUUCUUCUCACUUUCAUCGACAAGGUUUAAAAUUUUUUUAAUGAGCUUCAGGAGAGCUUUCAUCGAUAUUUUCAAGAUCGGUUGUGUUGCAAAAAAAGUUUGUUUAUGAGAGCAUAUUUUUUCGUCAGAAGCUUGAUGUUUAGAAGGCAUUAGAACAUUUUCAAGAAAGGAUACUAUGCGAACAUUUAAAACAAGAAGUUGCUCUAUUUAAAAAAAAAAGUCGAUGGUAAAUAAUUUCGUUUGAUUGGAAAACUUUUUCAAUUCAAUUAAACCCAAUAAAACAGCCCUUCCAACUACGCAGAUGUGGAAAAACUUCAAUAGCUUCCAGAAAAGCUUCAAUUUAUAAAUAAUCUCUCAAAAGGAUUUCCUUUGCUCAUGGCCGAUGACGUUCGCUUACAGACCUUUUGAUUGGUUAGGGGUGUAACGGGAAUUAUGAACUUUCUCGAAAUUUCUUUUCGCGGUUUAGUCUCUAUGAAGUAUUCAAGUUUGAUCUAUUGAAUAUAUUCACAGUGCAUGGGAACAGUGGCUGUGCCUAGCGAUACCCGUUUGUUCCAUCGCUGCUACCUUGCAACACAGGACUUUAUCGGAAAAUGGCCCUCGGGAAGACAUUCCAGGUUUUUUUUCUUUUUUUUUUCUUUUCGGAAAUGGGGAUGCAUCAAAAUUCCCUUUGAAUGCGAAAAAUUUUCGGGGAUUGUAGAAAUCCUAAACGUAUUUGAAAGAUACACAAGUUUCCUAGUCUUUUGAUAAAAUCGACCUUUUCAGAGCCAUGUUGAAACUGAUUCGGGAAAAGUUCAACCUGGUAGUGUACUUCAAGCUGGAAACUCACAAGCACACGAGAGCGAUCGAGGCGAACAGUUCCCUGGAAAACGUCGCCUUGUGUGAACAGCAGAAUAGUGAAGUUUUCACGGCUUCUUCUGAAUCUCCUGAUUUUUUUUUUCCUAUUUUUAGAAUUUCUACUACAAGCUUUCUCUGAAAAUCUUCGAUGCGGUCGAGAGUCUCUGGGAAGAAGAAGUUUAUCUUCCUCCCCUUGUUGACAAACUCUGGGACUUCACAUUGCGUUUGAUCUCCAAGCACUUUUCCUGGGUCAAAUCCGCUCAAAAGUAAGGAAUUUUCGUCGAAAAAGCCUAAUACUUUGGAAUGCAGGCAUUUCGGAGAAGAAGGAAAUCAAAUCGAAGGGGUUCCUCGCUGGAAAUGUCUUUUGUGGCUCAGAGGCGACGCGUCUCGACUUCAGUCCGAAGCUUUCGAUUUCGCUUUGGAAAGUGUUUGGCCGAAACUGAGGUGAGAACUUUCGUUUUUCCGUUUUCGCCGUGGGGGAAUUAAUAUCGAGAAAAAAGACCUCAUUUCUUAAAAACAACUAAAUAAUUACACUGCCUAAAUUUAUUCUUGGAAAAAGGCAGGGAGUGCUCGAAAAGUUCAGUUUAAACUAUGGAGUUUUCACCUGAAUUUCUAUUUUUGUUAAAAAUUUUUCCAACUUCUUAAAAAUUUGUCUGUAUCAGAUUGAAAUUUUGUUCGGUAGAAGAAUGAUUCUUAUAAGGGUAGAUCCUUCCUACGCAAAGUUUCACAUGUGAAAUUCAGCAAAUCAGUGAAAGUUCCAUAGAAGUGCUUGGGAAAAGACAGGAGAACUUUUCAGAAAAUUUGCUUUUUGAAUGUUGACGAAAUCAUCUUCUUUUCAGAGAUCUCGACGUAGACACGAGUUCUUUCGGCCAAUGCCUGACGAAGCACGGGAGAUCAGUGGACGCCUUGUGCAGCAACAUCGAUUCCGACGUUGUCCAACUGUUUUCUGGCCUUGUCAAUAAAGUGAAAAUAACGACUAACUUCCGCUCAAACUCGAGAAUCGCAGGAACUCACGCAAGUGAACGACGUGCCCAAGCAGUACCGAUGGACGAAGAAACCGCCGCCUUCAACUCAUUCGGCCUAUGUGUCUACGGCAGUUUCGAUGAUUGAUGAGUUUGAAAACGUCUUGAGGUCUUUUCCCUCUUAGUUUUUCGUUGACUUCUCCCUUUUCAGACUGCAGGAACAUCCAAAUGUUCAGAAACUUGUCCUGGAUAUUAAUCAGAAUGCGCUGGAUUUUUUCGCUUUAAAAGCAAAGGAGGUGAAUAGCUAAUUCAAUAAGUCGAUACUUUUUCUUCGAGAUUCUCAGGUUCAAGACAGUGUGGAAGCCACUGGUUCCAGUCUUUCACGGUUCAAGAAAAAGGAGGCGUCCGACGGCACAACGGAUGACGAUAAAAUCAAAAUACAGGUAAUAUUUGGAGAAUGGACUACCUCGAAGUCAAAUGAGUUUAGCGAGAUAUUAAAGUUUGAUUUUUAUUUGGGUUUCUGGGAAUAUUCCAUUUUUUUAAAUGAAUAUGACCAUGAAAGUUUUUUUUUGUAUUGAGUUCAAAACAUUCCAUCUAGGGGAAUGAAAAUUAGAGAUUUUUUUUUAAAAACAAAGCCUUUUUUUAAUAGUUUCGCCUUUUUCGACCUUGAGAUUUUUGCACUUCUCGCGAUCUGUUUCAGAUCCAUCACGACGCGAUUCACUUGUUGGAGAGAAGUCGUCUUCUGGGAAUAACUGUAGAUGGCCUCGAAACUUUGUCCCAACGCUACACUGCUCCGAUCUCCAAGGAUUCUUCUCGCGCAUCUCCGGCCUUCGAUGCCCCCGCCGCCUCCAUCAAUCUCGAAACUGUUCAAACCCAACUUCCACCGACAAACGAGGAAGAUUCAACCUGA